CAUUUGCCGCAGCGGAGCCAACUCCGUCUCGUAUUGCGCACCUUUUCUGUCGGGCGCGAGUCACGCUCUGUGCUCACAGCAACACAAAUAUGCCAAUUUACUACGGUUCGUUGAAGGCAAGCUGGAUUCGAGCAAUGAUACCUUUCCCGCCGUAAUGGAGAGAGAUUUGGGGUACAAUCCUAGCCAGGUGGACUUCACAGUGAUAGCGGAGAAGAUUAUGUGUGCAUAUCCUAUCAGCGAUAUCUACGCACCAACGCCCAGGUAUCUCUACUAUGCUCUCCUGCUCCUUACAUUCGCAACGUUGCGCUUCAGAUGGCUCUCCAACAUCUUUCUCACCGGCGCUGUGGCCUACGCUGCCAGUGCAGCUAUACACGCCUUCAUCAUCGUCUCGAGCCCGCCGCGAUUGCAACAACCCAACUACGUCAACCUGCCUUUCGUUCCCGACACAUCGAGUCUCACAGAGUCAGUCGUAUCACUGAUCACUGGAGUGCCUGGGCUUCUUGUACAGCCGGACGCCGUGGAGCUGGACAUCGAUCCCAUCACUGCGGUUGUGGUGACUGCGUAUCUCGUUGGUCUACCCCUGCAGAUCUGGUCGCGUACAAUGCGAUCGAGUCUCAUCGUCCGGUACAUGAUUCUGCUUUGGAAUCUUUGCAUGUUGGCGGGUACUAUAUCAGCGCUGCUUGCCUGGCCAUCCACAAACCUGACUGCCCCACAAUUCCGCUUUUGCUUCGCCGGCAAUCUUGACGGAGAUUCGCAGGGCAGCGACGGCUGGGACCCGACGUAUUGGAAGCGCGACUGGAACAGUACGAUAUGGAACAUCUUUGGAAACCCGGAUACUGUCUGGCAGCAGCUCUCAAACAGCUGCUUUUACCCUUGCUUCAACACGAGCCAGGUCAUCCGUCAAAGCACUUCUCUAAAGGCCGUCGUCACCACGCCGACUACGAAAUUCGCAAUGCUGCACAAUGCUCAGCACGGCACCGACGACGAGUUCAAACCCCUGAUCUAUGUCCUCAUUGUCGUGUUCUCCGCGGCGCAAUUCUUUCUCUACAUUGUCUCCGUGAUGAGACUUGGUAGCGAAGCCAUGCGCGUUCCGAUCCACGAGCCGCAUAGUCUAUGGCGAAACAGAAAGACGGUGGGGCAGCAGCUUCGAAGCGACAUGUUGCGGAGCUGGACUUCUAUUCGAGCAGUGUUGCUUUGGCCAAGCAAGGGAAAGCACCAGCAAUCCUGCAGCCAUGCAGUCGAACCCCCAGCGCAUGCUUCCAGCGGACCUCCGCAUUGUCAUAACUUCAUUGCCACUUUACGUCUCAUUGUCGACGUUCUCGCCAUCCUCACCCUGCUCGCAGGCAUCAUCAUCUCGCCACUGCUCGUUAUAGCCUUCAUAUGGUGGAUUGAGUGGUACAUCCGCAACGACGGCUCAACGAACGAAUCGAUCAGCCAAGUUGGCCAAUGGUCACCGCUGGUGUCAGUUGCAGUUGUGCUGUUCGCAGCGCUGGUGUAUCAGCUGAAAGGGAAAUUGGCUUCCGAGAGCGAGAUCCGCGACGAGAUCUGCAAAACGGAGAUGUAUUUGAGGAAGCUCAAGGUUCAUUUAGAGGAAAAGAACAGCACGUGAAAUCUAUGGUGGAACGCCGCAUUGUGCUUCGAAUCACCUGGGCACCGCUUACACGGGUGCUAUUCACCGACCGCCAAUCACACGAGCCAGGGAGAAAUCGGAAGCAGCGAUGGCUUAAUAAUUAUGUACCAAGAGCACAUCACAUCG